UCUACCAAGAUGGACGCGCGACGACGCCAGCGAUGCGUGCACUUCGACAUUGCCGACGACGGCCUAACCGAGUACGAGGCCCCCGAGGGCGCCGUCGAGAUCGAUCGAUCCGAGCGGAUGCGGCCGCAGAUCCGCGAGAGAUGGAACCGACUUCUCAUGCGCUUGUGGGCGGUCAUCUACGCGGCCCUGAUCGCAGGUCAGGCCUUCCGAGCUUCGUUGAUGACGGGCCCGGGCUUUCGGAACGCGUUCCUGAUGGCGCCGCCGCUCCUGGCUGCCUUCGUCAGGGGAUGCGCCGAGGGUCUGAAGGCGCACGAAGCCUACCUGGACAUGAAGGCGCCCAAGAGACGCGAGCCGUGCGACCACCAGGACUCGACCACGGGGGUCUCGACCAUCAAGGAGUACUGUGCGGGUCGCCACGGGUGGUGCGCCAGGUGCCAGCAGACGGCGUGCCAGAUGAGCAGCGCCGAGCGCAUCAUCUUCGAGACCCUCAGUCCCAGUACAGUCCUUCACGGCGCCCCGCUGCAAGGAGCUCUGAAGCGUCGCAUCGGCGACCUCAACCGCGCCAUCUCUGCGCUCGAGGUCGACGCUAAGGAUCGGGACGUCGUCGACAGCACCGCCCGACAGGUCAACGCCGAGGCGCCGCGCCACGUGCGCAUCCUCGAGGGCUUCGCCGGACGGGGGAACAUCGCCAUGCGCGCGCACCUCUUCGGCCUUGCCGCUCUGCAGCCCGUCGACCUCAUCUACGGCUUCGACCUGGGCGCGGUCGCUGGUCGACGGAGGUGGGACCACGCCAUCAAGACGUUCAAGCCGCUGGUGGUUAUCAUGGGCAAGGAUCGGCCGCUGCUCAAGCUUGUCGUCUGGACCGCUCUCGAGCAACAGAAGAACGGCAGGUACUUCCUUCUCGAGAACGCCGACCGGAGCCAGGCGUGGGAGCAGCCCGAGCUCGACCCGCUCUGGAAGGACCACCACGCCGUCUGGGGACGAGGCGGCAGCUGCCCCUACAACCUCAGGGCUCUCAACGGCGAGCUGAUGCGUAAGACGCGGACGUGGGUAAGCAACCAUCCCACAUUGCUGGAGUCGGUGACCCGCAGGUGCGAUCGCAGCCAUCGUCACGCUGAAGUUCAAGGGCGGGACACUUCCCGCUCUCAGGUAUUCACCGAGGAGCUCGCAGACAGCAUCCUGACCGUCGUGCAGCAGAUGGUUGCCGUCCGAUCGCCCGCCUCGCUCGCCUGGACAUCUAGCUACGACCAGUGCCGAUGCGAAUGGCAUCCUCAGGACAGCACCCCCGCGGACCAUCGCGACCAGCUCUACAGCGCCUGGUUCGUCGACGUCGACCGCGACGCCGACGAGUGGCAAGUUGUUCUCACCCAGACGAUGCUCAUGAUGGAGGAUCGGGCCCGCGACACCUGGGAGCUGCCGCCGGGCCACGAGAUCUACCAGCGCAUCCAGGACCUCGUGCCAUGGGAGCUCGUUCGAGUGCAAGCUGCCCGGGUACCGAAAGCGCGUAGGCAUGCAGUCGACAUCGUCUACCGCCAUCGCGGCAUGGCCGCCAUCGCCCGCGCAGGUGACAUCAUCGUCGAGACUGAAGCGCUGAAGGACGUCCAGUACCCGAAGCUCCGCUUCAGCGAGCCGACCGCCCUCGCCAUCUUCUUCUUCGGGAGCGCGCCUGAGUCGGCCAGCGCCGACGGCGAGCUGCCUUCCGAGGAACCGCAGUCAGGGCCUGCUGCUGCCCAAGUUCACCCUGAGAGCGCCGCGGAGCCUCCAGUGGAAGAGCCGGGCGCGCGUCCGCCGGCGCCGCCAGUUCAGGCUGCCGAUCCCGACCUCUACUCUAUCGCAGGGUGCCGUAUCAAGUUCCCUAACCUCAGCGAUGACAAGUGCCCCCGCGAGUUCAAGGCGAUGGUCGCCCGCCUCCAGUGUCAUCAUGGACACGCUGGCCGCGAAGAUCUCCGACGUUUCUGCGCCUGGCAGGGGGCCACGCCAUCAGUCUACUUGGCGAUCGACUGCUUGAAGUGCGAGGCCUGCGAGCGGACUCACCCGCCAGCUAGGCUCAAGCCGAUCUCCGCGACGAUUUGGUACCUGGGUCAGUUCGGCGAACACCUCCAGGCCGACUUCUUUACUAUCGUAGACGUCACUAACACGCCGCACCACAUGCUCGGUAUCAUAUGCCUCAACACGCACCUCCACCGCGUGAAGCGCGUGGUCGACCGCUUCCCCGAGACAGCUGUGUCCGCCUUCCUGGAGGCAUGGGCGUUACCGUUCGGCAUGCCGAUGGCCAUCGCCGUCGACAUGGACGGCAGCUUCAUGGGCUAUUUCACAGGGCGGCUCGAGUCGUACGGGGUCAACGUUUCCUACUGCCCGCCCGACGCACAUUGGCAGAUCGGGACCGUCGAGAGGCAUAACGCGUCAUGGAGGUGGAUCUGGAAUCGGACAUGUGACGCAUGUGCGGUGAAGACCGCCGAGGAGGUUGACAUGGCCACCAUUGCCGUCAGCGAGGCCAAGAACAACGCAGUUCGUCGGGCCGGGCGCUCCGCCAACCGGUGCGCCCUGGGAAGGACUCCUCGUAUUCCUGGUGAGUUGCUCUCCGACGAUCACGGCCUUGCCGCCGCCGCCAACGCCACUAACUCGCAGCGCGUGAUGAACAGCGACUUCUACCGCAUGGAGGCCAACAUCCACACGGCCCAUUUUAACUACGAGCAGCGCGUGAGGAAGUCGCUCCUCAGGAAAACCAGUCACUUGCGCUACGACCUUGACAAGCUCGUCGCAGGCCAGCAGGUUGGAUGCUGGCGCCGGGGCGCCAAGAAGCGCCCCAGCGGCAAGUCGUCGCGCCCAGGCUUCGUCAUUGGCACCUUCCUACAAUGGGACAGUGGACAACAAGGACACGGACUCGGCCGCAACGCUUGGGUCAGAGUCGGUCAGACCAUCAAGCUCUUCAGCCGCGAACAACUUCGACCAGCCAUUGGUUUCGAGCAGUGGGUGCCCGAUGCCAAGGGCAUCGAGGUUCUUAAGAGCAGCUACGACCUCAUGAAGGACGACCUCUGGGAGGGCGAGCGAGAUGCCGGGCCCGCGCCCGACGACCUGGCGCAGGAGGCCGACAUCUUCGUCGACGACGGCCGUGACCUUCUUCCAGGCCGCGAAGGACUUUUGCUUCCACAGCCUGCCGACGCCGAUCUUCCUGGAGCUCAGCCCGUUCCAGUCGAGCCGCCGCCAGCCGCGGCGGCCCCGCCUCAGCCAGAGGCGAUUCCGUCCGGGCCGACGCCUGUCGAGACCGAGGUCCCGCGCACGAUCCCCAUGGACGCGGAGGUUACUCAGGCCGCUGACUCCGUCGCCGCCGAGCCGGACACGAUCGAAACCGAUCUGGAGGUCAGCCCCCCCAGGUCGCCUCGCAGCCGAGCCGCCGAACACGAAGUCCCUCCAGAGGCCGCCCCUCCGGACGAGAAGAGGCCCCGCGUGUCUACCUUGUGUGCCCAGGCUUGGCUGGCGUCUUUCUGGGCCACCGAGGUCGGGGGCGGGGCUGACGGCUCCGACGAGAUACCCGCCGUGUUCGCCAAUGUCAGCCGCUGCGCCGACUACGCGGACGAGAUCGAGGUCAUCUACGAGACUCAGGACGACGAGCCUGCCGACCAGAACCAGCCCACCAUGACGAGGGCCGAGCGGAAGGCCUGCGACCGCGAGAUACCAUGGCGCGAGAUCAUGAAUCUGGACGGCUCCACCAUCCAGAGCUUCCUGCAAGCCACGCGCAAGGAGUACAGCAACUGGGUCAAGUGGGUGCCGAUGGUCGCACUGCCAGACGACGUCGCCAAGGACAUGCUCAACUCGCCCGAGAUCCGCAAGGGCUGUAUCCGGGCGCGAUGCUGCUAUCGUGACAAGAACUGCGGCCAAGGAGAGCUUGCCGCGAAAUGCCGGGGAGUCGCCGUCGGUUGCAGCGACCCGAGGCUCGAGGCGCUCGAGCGGAGGUCUCCCACUACGCAGCGCACCAGCUUCUUCGCAGCAUGCCAAAUCCUCGCCAGCAUGAAGAUCUACGACCCAGAGGGCAACUGGACCGCCUGUGUCGGCGACCUCGAGAACAGCUUCUUCCAUGGCAGCCGCGAGAGGGGGGGCAAGGUCUACCUCGAUCCACCGCGUGACCCUCUGGUCAUCGCCACUGGCUCCUGGCCAGAUACGUUGUGCGAGGUGGCCGGCAACAUCUACGGUUUCGCCGACGCCCCACUGGUGCUGUGUCGUCACAUUCGACGCCAGAUGUGCGAUUUGGGUUUCGUAAGGCAUAGCCUGGACGUGAUGUGUUUUCUGAAGUUCGAUAAGGGGCGUUUAUUGGCCAUUGUCUCGUGGUGCGUCGACGACAUGUUCGCCGUGUACGCCAAGAGCCGUUUCGAUUUCUCCCAGCUGGAGAAGGUUUUCGUAUUGGGCAAGCUCGUGUAUACGCCUGAGGAGCUCGUGUGGUGUGGGCGUGAGAUCAACCAGUACCACGACGGCCGAGUCGUCAUCACUCAGAAGGAGUACAUCAAGGGUUUAGAGGUUCGCCGCAUCCCAUCCAGCCGCAUCCGAGAGGGAGGUUCCCUUACACCUGCAGAACGGACCGAGAUGCGGAGCUGUAUUGGAAGCGGUCAGUGGUUUUCGGGUAUAUGCCGUCCGGAUGUUUCGUCAUACGCAUCGUUGCUGCAGAGCGAGGACCCCCAGAUUUCCGAUCUGAAGGAGAUGUACACAACCAUAGAGCACCUGAAGAACACGCCAGAGGUUGGGAUUACGAUGAUGCCGUUACAGUUGUUUAACGAUUCCGGAGAUAUCGACGUGAUUACGGUUGCGUACGGUGACUCGAGUUGGGCCAACGCGCAGCAGAUGAAGAGCCAGACCGGA